AUGUUGGAGUUGCGAGGGAUGCUUAACCAACUCCAGCAAGAGGUACUAAUCCAGCUUGAAAUUAGAGUGGAAGCCCUAAAGGAGAUUUUAGAAGGUGACCAAAACCCCUUAGACAAUCCAGAAGGCAUUAACAAUGACAGUAAUGGCAGCAACAAUGUCCUCAUUAACAAGCUUGAGGUUGAGUGCAAAGAGAACGUGGAAGCUGCUCAACAAAAGAAAAUUGUUGAUUUAGGCUAUGUUGAUCCGUUUGAUUACAAGCUUGCUAUUAUCACAAAGGCUGAUUUGUUCAAGGAUUAUAUGGAUGAAACACACAUUGAUGAAGCAAGUUUGAGGUUUGCAAUUCAUUACUCUACAAGUCAAUGGAAGAGAAAUGAGUUGCCAAUUGAUGUUUCUUAUGCAAAAUUUUACAGUAGGGGACUGAAGUUGAUAUCUAGAAUUGUUAUACACCUGAAGCGAAGAAAGAAAGGGGGUUGGAGAGUCUUUAUUGGGCAUCCAUGCGAUUGA